CGCAAGCUCGCGGCCGUUAAGCACGACUCUGUGAAAUACACCGUCUUCGGUCUUCGUUACCGGCACGUCCGAGAAGCCUGCAUCUGCCGUGCAGUUCUUCGGGAUUAUGAGCUGCAGCGGUCUUAACCUUUAAUGACAGUUUUUCAUAUCCAGGUUAUAUAAGGAGUAUUAAAAAUGCAGACCAUAAAGUGUGUUGUGGUAGGCGAUGGAGCAGUCGGUAAAACGUGUCUUUUGAUUUCAUAUACGACGAACAAGUUUCCUUCUGAAUAUGUGCCUACUGUUUUUGACAACUAUGCAGUAACUGUGAUGAUAGGAGGAGAUCCAUAUACAUUAGGAUUAUUUGAUACAGCAGGUCAGGAAGAUUAUGAUAGAUUGCGUCCUUUAAGUUAUCCUCAGACCGAUGUGUUUCUCGUAUGCUUCUCAGUUGUGUCCCCGUCGUCAUUUGAAAAUGUAAAAGAAAAGUGGGUACCAGAAAUAACGCAUCACUGUCAGAGAACUCCAUUUUUACUUGUCGGAACUCAAAUCGAUUUAAGAGAUGAUGUUGCAACAACAGAGAAACUUGCAAAAAACAAACAGAAGCCAAUAUCUGGUGAGCAAGGAGAAAAACUUGCUAAGGAACUCAAGGCUGUAAAAUAUGUAGAAUGCAGUGCUCUGACGCAGAAAGGCUUGAAGAAUGUAUUCGACGAAGCUAUUUUAGCUGCAUUGGAACCGCCCGAACCAGUGAAGAAGAGGAAGUGUAUACUUCUGUAAGGUGACAAAAUAUUGCCAUCGAUGGAACUUAUGCCCGAUUUCAAAACGACACUGUAGUAUCAGGCGACGAUCUUGUGUGUAGUAUACUCUAUAUUAAAUAGAACUAAAUUUGCCUCUGUACGAGUUCGUAAUCGUAUUUGAAAAAGAUAAGCAAAUAGUGCACACGCAAGUCGACUGCAAAUACAUUCCACGAGGUAUUGAAGCGAUAUAAUAACUCUUCGAGUUUAUAUAACCGGAUAAAACUUUUCUAUCAAAUAAUAACGACUGUUUUUUCGAGAAGUUAUUGCACAAAGCUUUCAUUUUUCCAAUACGACUUUCAAGGAAGAGGCGCCGGGAGUUUUCAAAUAAAUCUCGAAACCUUGUUCUAAACUCGUUAACUUUACACUUAAUAGGAACGGAGAUAUG